AUGGCAGCUCGCACAGGCGUUAGAGAUGUCGAAAUCGUGUUCGGUGCAUCGGUUUCAAUACUUGGCGUUGCCGGCGUAGCAUCAUCUAUUGCUUCUAAGGCCUCUGGAACCCUUGCACCAUUUCUUCCUUUAAUCAAUAAUAUAUUUUCGCUUUCUAAGGAAAUUAUAGAGCUGUAUGAAAAUGCUCAGCAUAAUAGGCGUACUUGUGGUCUUCUACUAGAACGAGCUGCAUUGGCAAAGACUGCCGUAGAAAUUUUUGUGGCAAGAGCAAAUGAAUUCAAGUCAGAAUGCAGGUCAAAAGAGUUUUUAGACAAUUUUCAAGGAUUGGUGUCAGUUGUUCGAAAAAUCAGGGAUUUUGUUAAGGAGGUUUCGCGAUUUUCACUGUUUAAGAAGAUUGUUUUAGCAAGUGACAUUAAAGAUCGAUUCAAGGAGCUCACGGAAGAGUUUGACGGUCGUAUAGGAGUACUAAAUUUUUCAAUAAACGUCCAAAGUCAUUGCGAGAUGGAUGCCAUCGCACAUGAUAUCAAGGAGCUGAAAACCUAUCUAAAAAAUUUCCAUGGGGGUCACUCUGCCGCAAGUACGUCGGCAUUUGAAGAUAUCAAUAUGACAUAUGAAAAGUACUGUAAACAGACAUUGCAGCUGGACGAUGUGAAGGAAAAGGUUAUGAUUCCAACUAACGAAAUCAAACUGUCAAACGGAGAUGAAAGGCGCGAGUAUCGUAAAGCAUAUGGUACCUUUACGGGAACGAAAGACGCUGUCGCACUGAAACGCCAAGCAGUGCAGAACGAUGAUGAAAAAUUCAGAAGAGACUUAAUUAUCCGAACAUUUAUAUACCAGAAGAUGAAAUUCGCCAAAAACAUAAUUACGUUUUAUGGACUAGUAAAGCGGGAAGAAGGGUAUUUUCUUGUUACUGAGUGGCCGGAAUAUGGGACGUUGGUUGAAGCAUACACGAAUUAUCCAGAUGCAUUUACGUGGAAAGUGAAGUCAGAAGUUGCCGUGGACGUUAUUAGGGGAUUGACUUUCUUGCACUCGAUAUCGAUCUUCCAUCAUCAAAUCUCAUCGACUAAUGUAGUGAUUACGAGGGGAUAUACAGCCAAAAUCACGAAUUUUGAGUACAGCCGAGAAUACAACGAUGUAACCGUUGACGUAGGCAAUUCAUUACAAUAUUUGCGUUAUUUGGCCCCCGAGAAGCUACCAGAAAUACAACCAGAAUACAAUGAGAAAUGUGAAAUAUACAGCCUUGGAAUACUUCUUUGGGAAAUUGGAGAGUGUAAAAUACCGUUCUCCGAAUAUGAGGACGCUGUGAAAUUAAGCGAGUUACUACAAAAAGGAAACAUCUCACUUACAUUUAGGCAGGAUACUCCACCUGAUUGGGAAAAAGCUACUCUUGAAGCUACCAACUAUCUUCCAACCAUGCGCCCUAUGUUGAGUGGACUAUUCACGACUUUCUUUGACCUGUGUGAGAAUAUGAAAUCAGCCCCCCCCGAAUCUGCGCUUAUAUCAAACGAAGUAGACAUACGUAUAAUAAAUGAUGUUAUAGAAGCAGCAACAGACAUUUGGACGGUAGAACGAGCUAUCGAAGAACAUAAACUACGGGAUAAAGGCGAUCGUAAAAAAGCAUUUCAAGUAUUCAAGACACACGCUGAACGCGGUAGUGCUCUUGCCCAAUACUAUUACGGGUAUUAUUUGUAUCAUUAUCGAUAUGAUAAAGAGUCAGAAACAAGCGAGAUAUCCAAAGAGGAGGAGGAGGAAAGAUUUAAAAAGGCUGCAAUGGCUUUUAGAGAAGCAGGUGAUGAAAUACCUGAAGCGCUAGGCAGAUACGGGGCUUGUUUGUUAGAUGGAGUCGGCGUGGAACAAGAUCAAGACCAAGCUAUCGAAUGUCUUGAAAAAGCUGCUAAAAAAAAUAGCUCAACCGGUCUUUUUCUGCUGGGAAAACUAUAUUAUUCAGGAGCGAGGGGCGUUGCAAGAGAUCUGAAUAAGGGAAAGUCUUAUCUCAAACAGGCCGUCAGCGUCGGUAAUAGUACAGCCAAAGCAUUUUGUAGAACCAAUAACAUCCCAUUGUAG